GCCGGACUUGGACUGAGACCCCAGGUACUCAGAGCAAAUGGUGAGACCAGGGGGAGGAAUUAUGACACUCCUUCGAAAGAAUGAAUUAAACGUGCCUCGGCGUGAGUCUGAUUGACAGGGCACUUGGGGAACAGGCUUAUAAAGGAUCUGGCUGCUGCCUGGAGACAGCCAGUGUAUCCACUGUCCCCAACCAGGUCCCUUCUCUCCAGCGGCACCUCAUCCCCUCUGAACAGAAUCGGAACACUGAAAUCGAUCAUCAUCCACUUUCAAACACACCAGGUCACGUGAGUGCACAUUCCAGUGACACUCAGGCUGCAGCUGGGCACUCAUCACCCACCAGGCGGCUGGCUUUCUCCUAGGAGUCGCCAGUGGAGGCAGGAUGCUCUGGGCACUGGCCUUGCUCGCUCUGGGCGUGGGACCGAGAGCUCACGCUGGUGACCAGGGCGAAGACAGUUCCUUUGACCUUUUCAGCAUUAGCAACAUCAACCGGAAGACCAUCGGUGCCAAGCAGUUCCGAGGGCCUGACCCCGGGGUGCCUGCUUAUCGUUUUGUCCGCUUUGACUACAUCCCCCCAGUGAAUACAGAGGACCUCAUCAGGAUUGUCAGGGCUGUGAGGCAAAAUGAAGGCUUCUUCCUCAUGGCCCAGGUGAAGCAGGACCGCAAAUCCCGGGGUACACUGCUGGCACUGGAAGGCCCCGGUGCUUCCCACAGGCAGUUUGAGAUUGUGUCCAAUGGCCCAGGGGAUACCCUGGACCUCAACUUUUGGGUGGAAGGUUCCUUACAUAGCAACUCCCUGGAGGAGGUGGGCGUGGCUGAUUCCCAGUGGAAGAACAUCACCGUGCAGGUGGCCAGAGAUACCUACAGCCUGUACAUUGGCUGCGACCUAAUCGACAGCGUUGCCCUGGAUGAACCCUUCUACGAACAGUUGGAGGCCGACAGGAGCAGGAUGUACGUGGCUAAAGGUGCAGCCCGGGAGAGUCACUUCAGGGGCUUGAUGCAAAAUGUCCACCUCAUGUUUGCAGAUUCUGUGGAGGAUAUUCUAAGCAAGAAAGGCUGUCAGCAAGGCCAGGGAGCGGAGGCCAACGCCAUCAGUGAACACACGGAGACACUCCACCUGAGCCCUCACAUUACCACAGACCUGGCGGGCCAGGGUGUGGAGAGGACACAGGAGGUGUGCACGCACUCCUGUGAGGAGCUGAGCAACAUGAUGAACGAGCUGUCUGGGCUGCACGUCAUGGUGAACAAGCUCAGCCAGAACCUGGAGAGAGUGUCCAGUGACAACCAGUUUCUCUUGGAGCUCGUUGGGGGCCCUCUGAAGACAAGAAACAUGUCAGCCUGUGUGCAGGACGGCCGGAUCUUUGCAGAAAAUGAAACCUGGGUUGUGGACAGUUGCACCACAUGUACCUGCAAGAAAUUUAAAACAGUUUGCCAUCAAAUCUCUUGCUUGCCGGCGACCUGUGCCAACCCGUCCUUUGUGGAGGGCGAGUGCUGCCCGACUUGCUCUCAGGCAGCAGACAGUGAAGAGGGCUGGUCUCCAUGGGCAGAGUGGACUGAGUGUUCUGUCACCUGCGGCUCUGGGACCCAGCAGAGAGGCCGGUCUUGUGAUGUCACCAGCAAUACCUGUCUGGGCCCCUCCAUCCAGACACGUACCUGCAGCCUGGGCAAAUGUGAUACCCGAAUUCGGCAAAAUGGCGGCUGGAGCCACUGGUCACCCUGGUCCUCAUGCUCUGUGACCUGUGGAGUUGGCAACGUUACCCGAAUCCGUCUCUGCAACUCGCCGGUGCCCCAGAUGGGUGGCAAGAACUGCAAAGGCAGUGGCCGGGAGACCAAGACCUGCCAGGGUGCCCCAUGCCCAAUCGAUGGCCGCUGGAGCCCUUGGUCUCCGUGGUCGACCUGCACAGUCACCUGUGCUGGAGGGAUCCGUGAGCGCACACGUGCGUGCAACAGCCCUGAGCCCCAGUAUGGUGGGAAGGACUGCGUGGGGGAUGUAAAGGAACACCAGAUGUGCAACAAGAGGAGCUGCCCCAUCGAUGGAUGCUUAUCCAACCCAUGCUUCCCUGGAGCUGAAUGCAACAGCUUCCCUGAUGGGUCCUGGUCCUGUGGUUCCUGCCCAGUGGGCUUCUUGGGCAACGGCACCCACUGUGAAGACCUGGAUGAGUGUGCUGUGGUCACGGACAUCUGCUUCUCAACCAACAAAGUUUCCCGCUGUGUCAACACCCAGCCUGGCUUCCACUGCCUGCCCUGCCCCCCACGCUACAAGGGGAGCCAGCCUUUUGGGGUUGGCCUGGAGGCUGCCAGGACAGAAAAGCAGGUGUGUGAGCCAGAAAAUCCGUGCAAGGACAAGACUCACAGCUGCCACAAGCAUGCAGAGUGCAUAUACUUGGGCCACUUCAGUGACCCCAUGUACAAGUGUGAGUGCCAGACAGGCUAUGCAGGAGACGGACUCAUCUGUGGGGAGGACUCAGAUCUGGAUGGCUGGCCCAACAACAACCUGGUGUGUGCCACCAAUGCCACCUACCACUGCAUCAAGGACAACUGCCCCAAACUGCCCAAUUCGGGUCAGGAGGAUUUCGAUAAGGAUGGAAUCGGUGAUGCCUGUGAUGAGGACGAUGAUAAUGAUGGUGUGAGCGAUGAGAAGGACAAUUGCCAGCUUCUCUUCAAUCCCCGUCAGUCUGAUUACGACAAGGAUGAGGUUGGAGACCGAUGUGACAACUGUCCCUAUGUGCACAACCCAGCACAGAUCGAUACAGACGACAACGGAGAGGGAGAUGCCUGCUCUGUGGACAUUGAUGGAGAUGAUGUUUUCAAUGAACGAGACAAUUGUCCCUUUGUCUACAAUACUGAUCAGAGAGACACGGAUGGUGAUGGCGUGGGUGACCACUGUGAUAACUGCCCCCUUAUGCACAACCCUGAUCAGACGGACCUGGACAAUGACCUUGUUGGGGAUCAGUGUGACAACAAUGAAGACAUAGAUGACGAUGGCCACCAGAACAACCAGGACAACUGCCCGUACAUCUCCAACUCUAACCAGGCUGAUCAUGACAACGACGGCAAGGGCGAUGCCUGCGACUCUGAUGAUGACAACGAUGGUGUCCCCGAUGACAGGGACAACUGCCGGCUUGUGUUCAACCCCGACCAAGAAGAUUCAGAUGGUGAUGGGCGUGGAGAUAUUUGUAAGGAUGAUUUUGACAAUGACAAUGUCCCAGAUAUUGAUGACGUGUGUCCUGAGAACAAUGCCAUCAGUGAGACAGAUUUCAGGAACUUUCAGAUGGUCCCUCUGGACCCCAAGGGAACCACGCAAAUUGAUCCCAACUGGGUCAUUCGUCACCAAGGCAAGGAACUGGUGCAGACGGCAAACUCAGACCCUGGAAUUGCUGUAGGUUUUGAUGAGUUUGGGUCUGUGGACUUCAGCGGCACUUUCUAUGUCAACACUGACCGUGAUGAUGACUAUGCUGGCUUCGUCUUUGGUUACCAGUCGAGUAGUCGUUUCUACGUGGUGAUGUGGAAACAGGUCACUCAGACCUACUGGGAAGAUAAGCCCAGCCGGGCGUACGGCUACUCUGGCGUGUCACUCAAGGUGGUGAACUCCACCACCGGCACAGGCGAGCACCUGAGGAAUGCCUUAUGGCACACGGGGAACACAGAGGGCCAGGUGCGCACAUUAUGGCACGACCCCAAAAACAUUGGCUGGAAAGACUACACUGCCUACAGGUGGCACCUGAUUCACAGACCCAAGACAGGCUACAUGAGAGUCUUAGUGCAUGAAGGAAAGCAGGUCAUGGCCGACUCGGGACCGAUCUACGACCACACCUAUGCUGGUGGGCGCCUGGGCCUGUUCGUCUUCUCCCAAGAAAUGGUCUACUUCUCUGACCUCAAGUACGAAUGCAGAGAUGUUUAGAGAUGCUGUACAGCUGUAUUGCCCGCAGAGUGCCGCACUGUUUCCUGGACAUUCAGGUUCACUCUGGUACUUGCAGCUUUUCUCUCUUAUGGCAUUUCCCAUUUCCUGACCGUAACUGAGUGGAUCUUCCCCUCCUUCAUGAGCCCCAAGUCCAAGUACUUUCAGAGGAUUGACACAGAGGGAGCGCCAAGAUGAAGGACUCGCCUACUGCCAGAAAACAGUUUGAUGAGAUAUGAGAUGUGGAUGAAAAUCGAGCAUGACAUUGUGUAGCUUUUUCUCGUUUGUUUAAAGAGAAUGACGUUUACAUGUAAAAUGUAAUUACUUACUGUAUUUAUGUGUAUAUGGAGUUGAAGGGAAUAUUGUGCAUAAGUCAUCAUAAAUUAAGCAUGAAAAAUAUCACUCAGCUACUUUCAGUGCUUAAUGUUCUCCCUGUUCUUGGGUCUGUGCUGUUCUACAGUAACAUGCAGAUCCUAUCAAGUCACUCAUGAAGAAGGGUCAGGUAAAGUUUGGAAUAAUGCUGCAGAACGAAGAGGCUAGAAGAUAAUCAUCACAUGAGACUGUGGCCCCACAUCCAAUCAUGUAAGACACCGACUAAUUACACUAUUGAAAACAGUCACAAAACUAGACGACUACCACUUCCCCCUUACUCCUCUUGAUCCAUAGUGACAGCUGUUUUGACAAAGACAAAGAAGGCGUGGCCCUGAAAGGGGACCACUAGAGAUGCCAGCUGUGGGCUCUUCAGAGCCUCCCCCAGAGCCAAGCGCCUCCCGUUCACCUGGCCUCCUGGAGCGCCCACCUGGUGCUCAUCAGGCUCUGUAGGAUGACUGCUAGGAUCGCUGCCUGGGCACCUUUCCCCAUAUCUGCUACUGGGAAACAGAGUGGCAGAUAAUCAACAAAUGCACUUUGGCCCCCCGUUUCUAUUCCAGGCUUCGGAGAGGAUGGAAAAGUUGCUUUUGUCUAAGUUGGUAAUACAUUUCAUUAAGGUUCCAGGCAUACCUGCUUUGUUAGUAUUUAUUAAAUGAAUUUAGAAUACAGCUCUACUCACCAAUAACUUAUUUUAAAGAUGCAAAGUAACAAUAUGGAGUGUUUAUCUAGAAAUAAACAUAUAACAAGGAUAUAAUAACAUAAAGACAUACAACAAAAAUAUCUGCUGGUUGAAAUACAAGGCUUUAUAAUGCUGUCAUGAUGAAUUUCACUGUAAAAUGAAGUAGGGUGAAUAAAUAGAAAGGAUCAAUUCAUUACAGAACCUUGAUACACACAGUUACUGAUGAUUUUAAUUCAAUUUAUUAUUAUUAUUUCU